UCGAAAGUCAGCAGGCUACACAGUAUUUCAUAAUCAGGGCUCUCUCUUAUCAUGUUAUUACAACGUCAGCAAACAUAUUUUCGAUGCAAAGUCCACGUGUAGCCUACAGUAAGACUACAAUAACAUUUCAUCAUCGGUUAUGUUGUCAUGCAUUUUCGAUCUGCUUCAAAUGAUAUUCAUGAUGUCACACAGCCUGAGGCUCAAAUCAACGUAUAUUUGUCAUGUGCGCCGAAUUCAACAGGUAAAAAAGGUAUUAGGUGAACAAUAGGUACGGAAAGUGAAACAGGUAUUGGCUUCACCCUAUUCGUUUUGAGAAACUAUAAAGGUCGCAUUCCUACAGAUGGAUGGACGAUCACAAAUUCCUACAACACAGUGAGACCUUAAUGAACGUACUCAAUAUUAUGGGUGGGGAGUUUACUACAGACAGUGUGGACGUACCUUUCCCAGAGGACCUGUACGAGCAAGCUGAAUAUUUACCAACUGAUGACACAAUUUGGUUCAUCCUCCAAACCCUUGACAAGAUCGCUGAGCUGUUUGAUGGAGAACUAAACUCUGUCUGGGAUGAGAAGAAAGUGGAGAUCUUCCUCAAUGUUCUCACCAGUCAGUCUGAUGGCCUUCAGUCAUGUGUUAGGGCCCAGAAAAAAAAUAGCAAGAAUCUGCAAAUGUACUUCAAGAGGCUGAACAACCACGUCCUUAAAAGAAUGGCAUACAGUGCUCAUGCAUGGGAGCUGGUCAGGAAAGAGGUUAGGACACAUCUGAGGAGGCUGGUUCUUCUGGGUUCAGCUACAGAAAACAGAAUCUAAACUCAGCAACGCAAUAAUUAUCGUCACGUAUGAGUGACGUCAUGUAUUUCGCCUGUUUCUUUGUAUUUUUUUAUGAUAUGUUUAUUGAUUCCACAUGGAAAUGUUUUUUAAUUUUUUUUGUCUGGUUUUAAAUCUAUUUAUUUAUUGGGUUAUUUAUUAACUUUUAUUUAUUAUGUUGAUGAUUGCUGGAUACAUUUUUAUACACAAAAUUACUGUAGAUGUAUGCUUUUACCUGCUACUUCAUUAAAUGCAUUUUUGACUAC